UAGUCUGUUUUGUGGAUACAGAUUUACGUAAUGCAUCUUAAUUAAUGAAAUAAUAUAUAAGAUAUAAGUACAUUGUGAAAUGUGUUAUGAUUUAUAUUCUCAUUUUGCGCUAAUGUAAUUGAUCGAAACUAAUCUUAUCACAACAAGGCCAGAAAGAUAUGAAAAAGUUCAAGGCGAAAUUUUGAUUUAACCAUGGAUAAUUGAGGUCAAUUCUUUUGGGUAGUCCAAGCUCUCCAAUAUCUCUACUUUGAACAAUGCAGAACUGUAGGAGAAGAAAAUCGCACCUUAAUUUCCCCAAAUUAAAAUUGCGAGAUGAAUUAUCAGGCACAUGUUGAGAGAAUUAUAUCAGUCGAACCUGUUUAAUUUGAAGUAAGCGGUAUUUCUCAAAAUUACUAUUGCCAACACCGACCUUGUCGGCCCCCAACCCACCAACGCAUUGCACAUGCAGCCAUCCAAAUAAAAUUACCGUAGUCUAAAAUGACCGAAGUAAAAUAUGAAUCCAGAAACAAAUCAGACGAUUGCUCUUCUCUAAAAAAUAAAUAAUAAAAAGGAAAUAAAACUAUACAGGAAGAUGCCAACUAUCGUUGUCACUACUUCAGUCUUUGAAAGAUGGAAUCGGCUGAAAACACGAUUGAAUUUUUUUGACGAUACUGAUCUAACACUAUUUUUGAUUCAAUUUUGGGAAUCUAAGAACUAUAUUUGUCAAGAUGAGGUUAAAAUGGGGAAUCCUUAUGUAGACGACAUGACAGUCCGUGUAAAAAGUGAUGUCAUGGUGCAGGAGACGAAUAAUGAUGAAACCAACAGGACUGCAACCGUACUCGAAGGUUCAGAUAAAGAAUCCACUACAGCAUCUUCCAAACAAACAGUUAAUGUUCAGUACAAGACAGACCUGGACGACGACAAUUUUUACAUUGAUAAGAAUCUCAGAACCAUGGUUGUUUUACCAGAGAUUCCUUUAAACCCAAGAACGUCUGCAGAACGCCUUAGCCCAUGUACUGUGACCCAACUUAGAGAUGAACACGGCUCACAAGUUUUUCCUUUAAAUGAACAUUUCACUAAACCACAAGUACUAUUUUUCAUAGAAUUAAUCCGCCCGUAUUUAUUAGAGGAUGGCGAAUUACCUAACUCUAUUACAGCGUUGGAAAACAAGAUGAAAUUCGGACGUGGUCAAAAGGGCCUCUUGUGGAACGAACUUGCCGCCAAAAUGACUAAAGAGUACAGUGAAACAUUUACUAAAGAAAAGGUAUGUCGGAAAUGGCAGACAUUAGUGGAUGGUUACAAGAAAGCGAAGGAGAAUAGCACUACUGGUAAAAGGGCAUGUCGUUUUCAAUUUUACGCAGAAAUGGAAGAAUUAGUAGGCGAUGGCCAAGGCGAUGGCCAAGCUACUGACGUUUCGAUCUGCCAGACACAAAGAGAACAUAUUGUAAGCCGGUCAGAUCCAUGCGUGAGCCAGGAGUCCCUUUCAUUCGCGCCAUCUUCAAUUGUCUCCCCUCCAAUUGCGCCAUCUCCAAUUGCGUCAACUUCAACGACUGACAAUAAACGUAGAAUAGAGGAUUCGGAAGAAUCGGAUCUUUUGAAAUAUUUAAAGAAAUCCGACGCGCGAGCAGAAGAAAGACAACAGCAUAUUCUAAAUGAUAUGCAAAAGACCCAAGAAUCGUUCCUUGUAUUAUUUGGGAAACUAAUUGAAAAACUUCCAGAUAAAAAAUAAUGAUGAUCUCCUCUUCGACAUCUGGAUAUGUAUGUGAAUAUUGUUGUGAAUAUGGAUAUGUAUAUUGUUGUGAAUAUGGAUAUGUAUAUUGUUGUGAAUAUGUAUAAGAAUUUUUAUGAUCAUGGAUUUGAACUUUGUCAUGAAUACCGAUGAUAGUUUUUUAUGGAUACCAAGACUGCAUUGUAUGCGUUCAUUUUAAGUUGUAUUUUAUGUAAAUAAAUCAUUUUAGUCGUCACCAUGUUUAUAAUUUGGCUAUGGAUGGUCAGGAAAUUUAUAACAAAACAUGUGCAGUGUGCAUGACUCUACCAUUUAACAAACAAUUAAAAUAAAAGACUUUAUGACCACGGCCACAAAUUCAUAGUGGUGAAGGGAGGGAAAAGCUCUUAAAUAUUUCCAAAGGGUAUUGGGACACCCAGGACACCAUAGCAAUACGUGUACUGCCUUUACCACACGGCAAUCGUGAGCAAAAACUUUAUAAACAAAAUUGC